AUGCCUCUCGUGGUCCCAGGAAUCAACUCCGGUGGCGAGCAGUCCAAGACGGAGGAGUGGAUGAAUAAGUUGGUUGGAAAGAAGCUUGGUGAGACGAAUGACUCUACGACCUUCGCUCGCGCCGACCUGCCAAAGGAACACAGAGUUAUUGAGCCCGGAUCUAUCGUCACCAGAGACUUCAAGCCUGAGAGAUUGAAUGUUCACCUCAAGGAGGAUGGAACGGUCUCACAUGUUGACCAUAAGUAG